UGAGAACGGGCCUACGACAGGGAGAUGCCCUAUCCUGUACUCUAUUCAACAUCACAUUAGAGAACACAAUUAGGGAGUCAAAAAUCAACACCAGAGGAACAAUAAUAACAAAAAGUGUACAAAUAUUGGCAUUUGCAGAUGAUGUUCAUAUCAUAGCUAGAAGAAAAAGAUAGAUGAUAGAAGCAUUUAAUGCGAUAGAAAGAGAGGCACAAAACAGUGGCCUAAACAUUAUCGAAAUAAAAACCAAAUACAUAAGAGCCAGUAAAUCGACAGGCCAAAAAAACCUACAGAAUCUGACAAUAAGAGACUAUAACAUCAAAAGUGUGAAAAUUUUUAGAUAUCUAGGUUCACUAGUUACUGCAGAUAACAAUGUCAGUGAAGAAGUUAAGAGAAGAAUACAUAUCGCUAAUAAAACAUAUAAUGGACUCAUUAAACAUCUAAGAUCUAACAACAUCACAAGAAAAACCAAAUGCAAAAUAUACAAGAUCCUGAUAAAACCGGUCCUGGUAUAUGGAUCAGAGACAUGGACAUUGUCGAAAAGCGAUGAGAACCUAUUAGGUACAUUUCAACGAAAAAUCUUUAGACACAUA